AUGCUAUUCCUAACAAAGAAGAGUGCUGACGGGUCUGUCAAACUCCGUACAGUACUAGAUAAACAAGCGUUGAAUGAUAAUACUCAUAAAUUAGCCUCACCGCUGCCAGAUCAAGCGGACAUCUUAUGGCGAGUACAAAAACAUAAGUACCGGUCAUUAAUUGAUGGAAAGGAUGCGUACGAACAAAUAAGGGUAGAACCAGAAGACGUACCACAUACAUUGUUUGUGACACCCAAUGGUACUAUGGUAAGCAAGGUAAUGCAACAAGGCGAUACAAAUGCCAGUGCUACAUACCAAUCGCUCAUGAAUAUAUUACUCGAGAAGGGGCAAGGAAAAUACUGGGAUGUAUUCUUAGACAAUAUAGUAGUAUAUACAAACUCGAUAGAAGAGCAUAUAUCCAGGAUGAACAAACUCUUCGAGAUAUUAAGACGCAAGAAGCUCUACCUUAGCAAUGGGAAGAUACAAUUCCUAGUACGCAAACUAAACAUACUAGGUCAUGUGAUUGAUGAAAAAGGGAUCCGAAUGGACCCUGACAAAAUCAACAACGUACUAAAGUGGAAAACACCUACCACUAAGGAACAAGUGAUGGCGUUCCUAGGAGCAGUUGGCUACCUAGCGCCUAAUUGCGAGGGCAUAAGAAUACCCAUGGGGGUACUAUCAAACCAAUCAGCGGGAAACAAACACUGGAAUUGGGACCAUACAGCCCAACGUGCGUUCAAAGAAGUAAAAAUGAUAGUACAGAAACAUAGGGACAAUCACCGAGUCGCUAUAGAUUACAGUGAGGAGGCCCCUCCAAUCAACUUAGUAACAGACGCAAGUUGCACCGGUGCAAGCGGUGUACUGUCGCAAGGAAAGGAACUAAGUAAGGCGCAUGUAAUUGCCUUUUGGUCGGGCAAAUUUAAUAGCACUCAGCAAAACUACGCAGUGCACAAAUUAGAACUACUAGCGAUCAAAGAGUCACUAGAUUGGUUCAGGCAUUUAUUAGUAGGAUGUAAAUUCAAUAUAUACACGGAUCACCGGGCUCUCGAACACUUUCAGACACAGAAGAACUUAAGCCCGCGACAAGUCCGAUGGCUACAAGUAUUCAAUGAAUUCGAUUAUUGCAUUAUAUACAUCCCAGGAGAAACAAACGUAUUAGCCAAUACACUGUCCCAAAUAUACGAAAAUGAAAGACCGGGAACAGUAAGAGCCACAAGCAAAUACGUGCAAGAUAAGGACAACGUACCUGACCUUGAGGCAUUUAGCGCCAAAGUCACGGGACACGUGACCGGCCCGAUCACCCGACCGCUACUGGUAGCCAAAGAGGCCAUAGCCGCCCAAAUACCAAUAUUAGGCGACCAAGCAAUUGAGACUCAGGGUCCAAUGGAAAUUAAUGGGGUUGACCUACCUAAUAAGGAAACAAUAGAGGAACCUCGACGAUUGUCAAGGAACCGUAAACCAGGAGAGCUGGGACCCUUCCUUCCGCCAGCCUCCCCCGAGCUUGGCAAAGUCUCACUCAAGCGGGUCAUCCGCCUUCUCUGGGGGCUCCAAUCCCAAGUCAACCGCAUUGAGCGGACCCUCUCAGAACAAACCGAAAUUAGCCAAGAGGUUCGAACCAACGUCAAGAAUAUCUCACAGACGGUCAAUGUUGUCAAGGAUGGGCUUGCCCAGCUCCAAUCCGCCCGGGGCCCCCAUACCCCAGAAGAACAAAAACCCCCCACGGUUGAGGAAACGCCCAGGGCUGCGCCCAAAACCGAGCCUAUUGGCAAGGCUCAACCAUUCCUCGGGGCCCCAGCCCCCAUCAUCUCCACAGGGGCCCCCAGGCGCGACCCCCUCUCCCUCUUCAACCCCUACCCUUCCUUGUCCUUCCCUUUGGGACCGGCUCCAGCCUCCCAAGGACCUCCACCAGCGCCUAUCGUCACCUCGGCGCAGCCUCCAGCCCCCUCCACUGUAAAAGUGGACCACCCAGAUGCCUUCAAAGGCAAAAUUGGCUCGGAGGCCAAACAGUGGCUAACUCGAAUGUUGGCCUGGGUACGCCUCAACCAGAGGCAAUUCCCAACGGACCUGGAGGUCCUCUCCUUCCUCCUCAUGAACAUGGAGGAAGCGGCUGGGGCCUGGGCCCAUCCCCACCUGGACCAGUUAGGGUCCCAUUGCGCACUCAUCCAGACCGUGGAUGAAUUCAAAAACAAGUUCCUGGCCGCCUUCGGCGACCCUGACGCAACCAGAGCAGCGGAGCGGAAGAUCACGUCUCUCACACAAACCGGCACUUGUGCCGAAUACAUCACCAAGUUCCGCACGCUGCAAAUGGAACUCGACUGGAACGACGCCGCACUCCGCGGCCAGUUUGCGCGAGGACUUCACUGGGAGGUCCGGAAACAGAUUGCCACUAGGGAAAGGCAACCACGCACCCUGAGGGAAUUGCAAGACGCAUCCCUCAUCAUUGACAACGCCCUCCAAGAGGAACGCGCCAGCCACCCGCAUCAGGGUAAUAAGUCUGGUAAAUCCUCCACUACCCCCAACCGGGGGGCAAGUACCGGCCAUCAGGCCACCAAAACCGGCCCCCUCUCUUCCAAUCCCAAUUACGUCUCGGAGGAAGAACGCAACCGCCGCCGCGCAGAAGGACUUUGCGUAAAAUGCGGUAGGGCUGGGCACAAGUUUGCCGAGUGCAGAACCGGCUGGAAGGCUACCCCAAAGGAGGAUAAGGGGAAAGCCAAGGAAACCGCCAAAAUUGGCAAAGAGUCUGGACCCAAAUCGGGAAAAGACUAA